AUGGGUUCCCGGCCGCGCCUCUAUGGGGCCAUUGAUUGGCAUGCUUUCCUCUACAUACUUAUACAAAGAAGUCACGAAGAAGACAAAAAAAGUGAGUUUCAGAUCUUACCGGUCGGAGGCUUUGCAACGCUGUUCCGUAGUCACCGUCUUCGAAACAGAAGUUCAGAAAUCAAUUCAGAGGGAAUCAGUUGGAGGAAGUUGAAUUCUAAACCCUUGGAUUUGAUGGAUCAAUUUUUCUGUUAUGCAUAUGCUAUUCAGAAGUUGGUUACAGCACAGGGCACGGUCUUGAGAGGCUACAACAGUGGAAUCUUCCAACUCAAAGCAUCCAAAAGACAGCAUUGUGAAAUCAACCCAAGAUCUGUUUCACAGGUUCUUUUGAGAUCACCAUACAAGGAGCCAUUAAUGUCUGGAAGAACGGAAAUUAAUAACUCUAGCUCUUUACCAUCGAGUUUGUCUAGAACAGCGGACAUGGCUGGUUCCAAGCCUCAAAGCAUGUUUGUUGUUUGGCAUAAUUUAGUUUUGGAUAUAGGACAAGACUUGGGGUGGAGAGUAAGAACAACUUGA